AUGUCCACAACCAAUUCCCUUUCUUCAUCUUCAUUUCGAUUAUUCACAUCCAAAUUCCCUCUUUCCUUCUUCAACAAAAAUACCUCACCUUUCGUCAUCACACCAAAAAACAUCCUCUUCUCUUUCAAACCCAUCACCUUCCAAUCACUCCCAACAAAACCAUUACCAUCAUCUUCAUCGUCAUCAACUUCCCUUCAACCUAUUGAAGAACUCCCUCCAAAGCUUCAAGAAAUCGUUAACCUAUUCCAAUCCGUACAAGAACCCAAAUCUAAAUACGAACAGCUUCUCUUCUACGGCAAAAACCUCAAACCCCUCGAACCCCAAUUCAAAACAAAAGACAACAAAGUCGAAGGUUGUGUUUCUCAGGUUUGGGUCCGAGCCUACUUGGACAGUGACAAAAACGUUGUAUACGAAGCUGAUUCCGAUUCUGUUCUCACCAAAGGUCUCGCUGCUUUGCUAGUUCAAGGCUUUUCGGGUCGACCCGUUAACGAAAUCAUUCGGGUCACGCCCGAUUUCGUUGUGCUUCUCGGGUUGAAACAGAGUUUAACACCUUCUAGAAAUAAUGGGUUUUUAAAUAUGCUUAAAUUGAUGCAGAAAAAAGCACUUUUGCUUUAUGUUGAAGAUGAGAAAAAGGUUCUGAUUUUGAUGAUGAGAAUGUUGAAUUGGGAGGGAGAGGGAAGAGGAUUAAGGAGAAGCUUGAAGAGGAGCUUUUUCCUAUUGAAUUGGAAGUUGAAGAUGUGUCUUAUCAACAUGCUGGACAUGCUGGUGUUAGAGGGAGUGAUGGUGAGACACAUUUCAAUGUUCAAGUUGUUUCUGAAGAGUUUGAAGGGAAGAGUUUGGUUAAGAGGCAUAGGCUUAUUUAUAAUCUGCUUCAAGAUGAGUUGGAUUCUGGACUUCAUGCUUUGUCGAUUGUCGCUAAGACGCCUUCUGAAGUUUAAUGCAAAGGAAGAGAGGGUUCUUGACAACCUGAAGGAUUAUGCUGUAAGAGCCCUUGUGAAUGCUGUUGAUCAUCUUGGAACUGUUGCAUACAAGUUAACUGACCUUCUUGAGCAGCACACAUUGGAUGUCUCAACCAUGGAUUUGAAGGUCUCUACUAUAAAUCAGAAACUUCUUACGUGCCAAAUUUACACGCAUAAAGAAGGUCUUCGGCAGCAGCAGUUGUUGGCUUUCAUUCCCAGACAUCAUAAGCACUAUAUUUUGCCAAAUUCUGUCAAUAAAAAGGUACAUUUCAGUCCACACAUACAGAUUGAUGCAAAACAGAAUUCAUUUCAAACCAGAACUCGUUUUCAAUCUUCAGGUGCCCCUCCAGCAAAAACUCUUUCAUGGCAUUUAGCAUCAGAGACUAAGUCUACAUUGAAAGGGACUCCGCAUGCUUCCCCAAACAUCGAGAACCCAAAGUUUUCUGCCAAGGCCUCUGGAUUUUUCCACCUUUUAGAUAAUGAAGAGAGCACCUGGAUGAAAUCCUCACCAGCACAAAUUCACUUAACGAAUGGAGUUCCUACUUCUAGAAUAAGUCAAGUUUACAUUGAGAAACUUCGGUGGGGGAUGACUGGUCAUGUUCCAAUUGCAUAUGCAUCACAUAAAAUAAAAGAACUUUCAACUGAGAUUUUUAAUUCAGGUUACAAUGUCACUAAAUGA